AUCUUCCGGGUGUCUUUGACAGGGCUUUUUACCCCGCUUUUUCGGCGACUUUUUGGUCUUCCGCUUUUUGCCACCGCCCCCAACCUUCCACACCCUUGCCGGCUCUGCCUUUUUUUGUGUGUUGCUCCUCCCCUGGCAGCCGUGGUAGGGAAUUAGAUCGCUAGCCGGAACCGGGUCUGGGCCUAGCCAUCCCUCGGGCCACAACUACCUCCUUUUGCUCGGGCAGAAGCUACGACCUAGCUCUCCCCGCCGUCGCUGUUCGAGCCUUGGAGUUCCUGGGCGGGCAGUGCUGUCCAGGACCAAAAGAGGAAGAUUGUCUUGGCACUCCCACAUGGUGGUUCAAAGGGUCGUGAAGAACUAAGGUAGAAGAAUACAUGUUCACUUUCAGUGAACAAGAGCAUGUUUCCAAACUCAAUUUUGGGUUGCCCGCCCUUCACUCCAAACCAUCAACAACAUAAUAACUUCUUCGCCCUGUCACCAACUCUUUAUUCACAUCAGCAACUUGUAGAUGCUCAGUUUAACUUUCAGAAUGCAGACUUGUCUAGAGCUGUGUCAUUACAGCAGCUGACAUAUGGAAAUGUCAGUCCAAUACAGACCUCCACUUCCCCAUUAUUUCGAGGAAGGAAGAGAUUAAGCGAUGAAAAAAACCUUCCUCUUGAUGGUAAACGGCAACGUUUUCAUUCACCCCACCAAGAGCCAACUGUAGUUAACCAGAUAGUGCCUUUAUCAGGUGAACGAAGAUACUCAAUGCCGCCAUUGUUUCAUACACACUAUAUACCAGAUAUAGUCAGAAGUGUUCCACCUUUUCGAGAAAUACCGUUUUUAGAACCUAGAGAAAUCACACUGCCUGAGGCCAAAGAUAAGUUGAGUCAGCAGAUACUGGAGUUAUUUGAAACAUGUCAGCAGCAAACAAGUGAUUUAAAGAAGAAAGAACUCUGUCGAACACAACUGCAGAGAGAAAUCCAGCUGUUAUUUCCACAAAGUAGACUUUUUUUGGUUGGGUCUUCUUUAAAUGGAUUUGGAACUCGGAGCAGUGAUGGUGAUUUAUGCCUAGUUGUUAAGGAAGAACCUUGUUUUUUUCAGGUAAAUCAGAAGACUGAAGCACGGCAUAUACUCACCUUAGUCCAUAAACACUUCUGUACUAGACUUUCUGGCUACAUUGAGAGACCUCAGCUGAUUCGAGCAAAAGUGCCAAUUGUGAAGUUCAGGGAUAAAGUCAGUUGUGUGGAGUUUGACUUGAAUGUAAACAAUAUUGUUGGAAUAAGAAACACAUUCCUUCUUAGAGCUUAUGCAUACCUUGAAAAUCGAGUUCGUCCAUUAGUGCUGGUGAUUAAGAAGUGGGCAAGUCACCAUGAGAUAAAUGAUGCCAGUCGUGGCACUUUAAGCAGCUAUAGUCUUGUAUUGAUGGUUUUGCACUAUUUACAAACCCUACCUGAACCCAUCCUUCCAUCCCUCCAAAAAAUUUACCCAGAAUCUUUUAGUCCUGCUGUACAGCUGCACCUUGUACAUCAAGCUCCAUGUAAUGUUCCUCCUUACCUCUCAAAGAAUGAAUCAAAUCUUGGGGACCUCUUACUGGGCUUUCUUAAGUAUUAUGCUACAGAAUUUGACUGGAACAGUCAAAUGAUUUCAGUUCGUGAAGCCAAAGCCAUUCCGAGGCCUGAUGGUAUUGAAUGGAGAAAUAAAUACAUCUGUGUAGAAGAACCUUUUGAUGGAACAAAUACAGCCAGAGCGGUGCAUGAAAAGCAGAAGUUUGACAUGAUCAAGGAUCAAUUUUUAAAGUCAUGGCACAGAUUGAAAAACAAAAGAGAUUUGAACAGUGUACUACCUUUAAGAGCUGCUAUCCUGAAAAGAUAACUGGCCUCUAUUUCUUAAUAAGUUCUUCCAAGAAAUAAAGAACAAUAGUGACAUCAUAAUGAAUUUGUUUACCUCCAUCGUGUUUUCUUUUUAAUUGUUCUUGUUUUCAUGUUUUAUUUUUAAAAGGACAUACUUAUAUAAAGAUUACAUAUUUUAUUAUGACAUUUCCUAAUAAAACCCUUUGAUUUAAAAAUGUAUUUUUGAAAAUGUUUACAUUGAUGAUUAGUAA